AUGGACAUCGACAGGAUGAAGCGCAAAAGGGCCGUGGUGCGAACGUCAACAACAAAGCUGCUCAAUGACAUCGCUACCAUGGAGGACGACGCGUCACUCGGUGAGCUUGAAGAAAAGAUCAACCUUCUCACCCUUAAGGAAGACUCACUCAAAGAGCUAGAUCGGGAAAUUGAGAUUGGCGUAGAAGAUGAUGCAUUAGAAGAGGAAAUUGCAUGCUCCGAGAACUACAAAGAAAAGAUCAACGUAGCAAGGACUAAAGUACAGCUCAUGCUACGUGAGCUUAGCUGCACUAACGCCGCAUCAGUGAGCGCUUCGCUAGAUCGCACCUCAAGUUCCUCAGAUCAAAGAGAAUCUAGCCGUAACAUCCCGCAAGUAACCCCCACAGUAAAGCUGCCAAAACUAGAGAUAGCAAAGUUCAACGGCGAGCUUCGACAGUGGCAAGGCUUUUGGAGUCAGUUCGACACGACAAUAAACGCUAACCACCACCUGUCAAACGUGGACAAGUUCAAGUACCUGAACAGUUACUUAACAGGAAAAGCAGCGGCUGCCUGUUGCGGGUCUUGA